CCCAAGCUUUGAAACUCUAAGAGAGCGGUAGGAGAGAGCUCUUACAUCUGCAACAUUACAAAUGAAACUCGUGAUGAAGAGCUCUUACUCCUCACGAGCUUCAUCAUCUUCUUCCUCCUUUGAAUCCGUAUCCCAUCUUUUGAAUCCUCUUCACUCUUCUUUAAAUACUCAAACCAUGCACUUCAAAAACCACAACACUAAAACAAAAGCUCUUCUCUGCAAUAAUGGAACCUAAGACUCUCUUUGUCUUCACUAUCUUUCUCCUCUUUGUUUCUUCUUCCUCAGAAACCCUAAAGAAACAGACUUACGUCAUUCAGCUUCACCCUAAUAGCCAAUCAGCUAAAGCCUUUCCUUCAAAGCUUGAUUGGCAUCUUUCUUUUCUUCAAGAAGCUGUUCUAGGUAUUGAAGAAGAAAACGAAGACCCUUCUACAAGGAUUCUCUACUCUUACGCCUCUGCCAUUGAAGGAUUCUCAGCUCAGUUAACCGAAUCAGAAGCCAAAACACUCAAGAACUUACCUGAAGUUGUUGCAGUAAGACCUGACCAUGUUCUCCAAGUCCAAACCACUUACUCUUACAAGUUCUUAGGACUCAACGGUCCAGGACCCUCCAGCGUAUGGUCUAAAUCCCGGUCCGGCCAAGGCACGAUCAUCGGCGUUCUCGACACAGGAGUCUGGCCCGAAAGCCCUAGCUUCGACGACACAGGGAUGCCUUCAGUCCCAAGCAAAUGGAAAGGUGUUUGCCAAGAAGGAGAGAGCUUCACUUCCUCAAACUGUAACAAGAAACUAAUCGGCGCUAGAUUCUUCAUCAGAGGCCACCGCGUAGCCAACUCUCCUUUGGACUCACCAAACAUGCCUCGCGAAUACAUAUCGGCACGAGACUCCACGGGGCACGGGACCCACACCGCCUCAACUGCUGGCGGCUCCUCUGUUUCGACGGCGAGCGUUCUCGGUAACGGAGCCGGGGUAGCCCGCGGGAUGGCGCCAGGAGCUCACGUGGCGGUUUACAAAGUCUGCUGGUUCAACGGCUGUUACAGCUCAGACAUUCUGGCGGCGAUAGACGUAGCGAUACAAGACAAAGUCGACGUUCUAUCCCUCUCCCUAGGCGGUUUCCCUAUCCCUUUGUAUGAUGACACUAUCGCCAUUGGUACCUUCCGCGCCACGGAACAUGGAAUCUCCGUUGUCUGCGCGGGUGGCAACAACGGCCCGCUCGCUAGCUCGGUGGCGAACACAGCUCCUUGGGUCUCAACCAUCGGAGCAGGAACGCUCGAUAGAAAAUUCCCGGGGGUUGUUAGGUUAGCCAACGGGAAGCUACUCUACGGAGAGUCGUUGUACCCAGGGAAAGGGAUAAAGAAGGCUGAGAGAGAGUUGGAGAUUGUCUACGUGGCGGGAGGAGACAAAGGAAGCGAGUUUUGCUUGAGAGGCUCGCUUCCGAGAGAGAGUGUCCAAGGCAAGAUGGUGAUAUGCGACCGUGGAGUCAACGGGAGAUCAGAGAAAGGACAGGCGGUUAAAGAAGCUGGCGGCGUCGCGAUGAUCUUGGCUAACACCGAGAUUAACCAAGAGGAGGAUUCUGUAGACGUUCAUUUGAUACCAGCUACGUUGAUUGGUUACGAAGAGUCUGUUGUUUUGAAAGGUUACGUGAGGGACACGGUAAGACCGAAAGCUAGGUUAAUUUUCGGCGGGACGGUGAUUGGGAGGUCGAGAGGGCCUGAGGUGGCGCAGUUCUCAGCGAGAGGACCGAGUUUGGCUAACCCUUCGGUGCUUAAACCGGAUUUGAUCGCGCCAGGUGUCAAUAUUAUAGCUGCUUGGCCUCAGAAUCUUGGACCGACGGGGCUUCCUUAUGAUUCGAGGAGAGUUAACUUCACUGUGAUGUCGGGGACUUCGAUGUCUUGUCCGCACGUGAGUGGAAUCACCGCUCUGAUCCGGUCUGCGUAUCCGAGCUGGUCUCCAGCUGCUAUCAGAUCAGCGAUGAUGACGACGGCUGAUUUGUAUGAUCGGAGAGGGAAAGAGAUUAGGGACGGGGACAAACCGGCGGGAGUGUUUGCUAUUGGAGCAGGGCAUGUGAAUCCGGUUAAGGCGAUUAACCCGGGGUUGGUUUACAACAUCCAACCGGUUGAUUACAUUGCUUACUUAUGCACUAUUGGGUUUACUAGAUCGGAUAUUUUAGCGAUCACUCACAGGAACGUUAGCUGCGGUGCGGUACUGAGGAAGAGCCCCGGUUUUAGUCUUAAUUAUCCGUCUAUUUCGGUUAUUUUUAGACGUGGGAGGACUAAGGAGAUGAUCACGAGGCGUGUGACUAACGUUGGGAGUCCUAACUCGGUGUACACUGUGAAUGUUAAGGCUCCUAUGGGGAUUAAUGUGAUUGUAAAGCCUAAGAGGCUUGUGUUUAGUCACGUUGAUCAAACGUUGAGCUAUAGAGUUUGGUUUGUGUUGAAGAAGGGAAGCAGCAGAGGAGAGAAGGUGGCUGGUACCUUUGCGGAUGGACAGUUGACUUGGGUCAACUCUCGUGAUUCGAUGCAGCGAGUUAGGAGUCCAAUCUCUGUGACCUUGAAGAAUCAUUGAUAGCCAAGGAAGGAAACAUUUUCAUUCUCUGUUCAAAAGUUGGUUUUAGGGGUUUUUAUGCUAUAAAACCUUAAGGAAAAGUAGUAAAAAAUAAAUAAGGAAAGCUACAUUUGAGUUGUGAGUGAAGCUGAUUAUUGAUUGUUGUUUGUU